GAUAAUAUUGCAGAGGACGUCGUUACAAGCGGACUGAAAUAAAACGCAAGAUUCAUAAUUAAAAAAAGAUCAAGAAUUUAAUCUACCCGGACUAUGUGAGAAGACAAAAUGCUGAACAGAACUUCCUCUUCAUCACGGCGCCGCCGCGCGUCCCGAAGCGCAGCGACGUCUCCGCAAGCUAGAUCCCCCAGAUCAUCAGCUCAGCCUUCAAGAAGAGCGUCACUAGCGACCACAGAGACUGACGAUGAGUUAGACACCCCACCUCCACCUAGAAGCCCUCGAGCCAGCUUAGCUCCAGACGCUGCGGAAACCUACCAUAGAAGCCCCAGAUAUUCCUUAGUCCCUGACGCUGCCAGGUCUCCAAGAGGCUCUAUAGUACCAGAAACAGCACUCCAACCAAGGAACAGUCUAGCGCCUACCAGAAAUAACCUCGGCGUCGACAUCCCUUACGGUUCUAGACUUAGCUUAAACCCCCAAGAUUUCAAUAGAAGUCCACGAAACAGUUUGACUCCAGACAUGAGCGCGAGGAGUCCUCGUCGGAGCCUCGUGCCAGAAGGAACUGGUUGGAACCAGCCAAGAAAUUCACUAGUGCCUGAUGUGGGAAGAAGUCCACGGCAUUCCGUAGCGAGCAUACAAAUAGAUCCAUCAAGGAGUCAAAAAGAAUUGGGUCCUAGUCCAAGGACGAGUCCCCGAGGGAGUAUAGCUGAGGUUAAAGAGAAAGAGGAAAGACCAAAUAGGACACAUAGAGGUUCAUUGGUUCCGGAUCCUCAGAGGAGUCCAAGAGGAAGUAUUGCACCUUCGGAAAGGAGUGCAAGGGGGAGUCUGGUGGCUGGAGAGCUGGAUGCGGCCAGGGUCAGUCCGAGAGGCAGUCUGACGUUGACGUUCCAAGAGCCAUUGGUGUCGAGGGAGAGAAGGGCGAGCGAGGAUAGCCAAGCAGCUGGGUCGCGAGGCCGCAGCGUAUCACCCUACAGGGCUUCGCUGGCGGGCAGGCAGGGCGGAGUCUCUGAAUCAGGCUCUAGGCGGGCAUCCAGCUCCGUUAGUCAGGUGUCUGGCGACGAACAGCGACGCCUCUGUGGAGAACAGGCCAAGUACAACGAACGCAGCCUCGGACUUGGCGUCGGUUUGACCACGUACGGCUCCGUGGCGUACCAGCUGAAGGACGCCAAUAUGGAGGCGUCAGGGACUAUGGACUUCGUUUGCCGAGCGGCUAAAAUUAUGAACAGAACAAUUCUCAUGACUGUCUUCCUGGCCUGCCUGUCGACGCUACCUGUGAUUAUGAUGAUUAUGGGAGUUCAAUACAUCCGCGACUGCCCCGCCGAGCCAAGAAUCCCCGUGUACAUGGUGGUCGGGGGCGCGGCGGGCGGCGCCGGCAUCUGCUGGUUGCUAUGGGCUCAGCUUGCAAGCAGAUCUUCUACUUCGGAUGCCAGUGUACCGGAGAAAAUACUGGCGUAUACCUUGACGAUAUUCCUCAUGGGAUGGUUCGGUUUCGGAAAUCUCUGGACGCUGGGCAUCAUGUGGCCUGACUUCGCGCCGACUCUCUUCGAGCCCAACAAGUGGUGCCACCCGACCCUAUAUGUGUUCGCUCUGACGCAGCUAGGCGUGGUAUGGGGGGUGCUUGCGUUGCUGGUGUUGCUAUUUUUGGCGCUGGUUGUCUGCCAGGUAUUCGGUUGCGGCUGGCUCGGCCCGCCUCGGUACAAGUAGCAACGGCGGAGCGUCGUGCUAGAACUCUGGCACCGUAACAUCAACAACACCAUGGACGUGGCCGGCGCGUUACUUCCCUUCACCCAACUGGCUCGUCCCGAGCUCACAAUCCACGUCCAGGAGGUGCUUACCCAAGCCGACAGAGACGCUAAAGUGAUCCCACAGAUCAAUGAACCUGAGAGUGAGAGAGUGAAUAAGCAGGCCUGAUGGUUGCUGGUCGUUUCGAAGCAUGUGCAUUUUGAGGCGCGCGAUCAGAUUUAUUACUUCUGAGUACCUAUGCUUGCUCAAGUUUAUUUGCGUGGUGACAAGAAGUUUAAAAGCUACUGGAGACUGCACGAGGAAUAAAAAAAGGUUUGCUUGGAGUUUCCCUUUAAAGUAAUUAAGCUUUAAAGUAAUUAAGCUAUAUAGGGAACCAGAAAGAAAGGAGAAAUGGCUUUGUCCCUAAACGUGCUGCAAGCCUCAAUUAGCUAUUAGUCGUUUGGAAGAAAGGAAUAGAACAUAAAUUUACAAAUUUGACUGAUAUUGAAUUGAUAAUAAUUGAGGCUUGUAACGUUUUAUGAAUAUCUAAUGGGAAAAUAAUCGAAAAAUUAUGCGUGAUAUUUCAAGGUCGUAUUUCUUUGCUUCAAAUGUUUGUCCUUCGUGCUUCGUGUAACUUCUAGUGUUUUUAAAAGUUUCUUGCGUGGUAUCGAACACGAUACGUAGUUUUUAUGUACAACGAAUAUUUAAUAGCGUUAGUUUUGUUGUAAAUAGUACCUGGAUUAAACCAGCGAUGUAAAUUUGGAUUAUCGGUAUUAAAUGUAUAUCUAGAGUAUUAUUUAUAAACUCUAUAUAAUUUUGUAUAGACUAUUUUAUGUGCACCAAUAUUUGUAUACCCACCUUGUGUCUAUAUUUCUGAACGCGUAUUUGUGUUUAGUUAUCGUUUGGAUUCGGACUACAUUGCAUUACUGGAGACUGCAUUGCUUCAGGAAUCGAGACUUUGAGACAUAUUGACGUUUCUUGUUGUAAUGCAGUCGGCAGCAUUACUGCAGCAAAACAUUACUGUCGAAUGCAUUACUGUCGCAAAUAUUAAAAAUCCGGACAGAAGCCAUCGAUGUUGUUAUUUGACUAACGUUGUUAAACUAUGUUGUUUGGCGAUUUUAGUGUAAGCCUUUGUUUUAUUCUUUUGUGUCAAAUACGGUGUCCUUUUCUUUAAAAAAAAAAUUUAUCGAAUCUAAUCUAAUCAUUUGCGGCAGCUGCAGCAGUAAUGCUGGUGUACUAGUAUUCUUAAUUCGAACGGUACAUUUAAUCUUAAUGUCGUCAGACUUAUCGUAGGUCGUGAUGAAGAUUACUCGAGAUACUUUUAUCUGCAACGUCUGAGUGAUUGUAUAAUCUUUUUACAAUGAAAUUCUUUUCUCUGAAUUCAUAAUCUUGAAUCUUUUAAGAUGAUUUAGAUUUUAUAUUAAUUGACUGAUUAAAGUUAAAAGUUAAUAUAUUUGGAAUCA